CGUACAACAAUAGUAGCUACGCAGUCCGGCCCACGACAGUGACUAGUCAAACUAAUAUCUUUGCUUGUAAAAAUCGCUUGCAAAAUAGAUUCUGACAGAGAGUUAAAUACGCCAGACGAUGUUCAUUCAUGUUAUGAACAAGAAAUGGUUCCGCAAGACCCAAGGGAAUACAAUAGCUUACAGUCGCAAAAUCAAAUCAGUGGCAAGGAAUUUACUGUGAAUCAAACUGGAGUCCAGCCCCACACCGAACAUUCAAGGCCAGCUUUCGCGAAGAGAUCACCGGCUGAAGAAAUUGCAGCGUUGCAAGCAAAUUUAUCCACACACCAAGAAAUAGUUCCGCAAGACCCAAGGGAAUUCAUUAAUUUACAGUCGCAAAAUCAAAUCAGUGACAAGGAAUUUACUGUGAAUCAAACUGGAGUCCAGCCCCACACCGAACAUUCAAGGAAUAUGACCCAACACCAACAUGAAUCUUCUGAGGAACUCGAAGGUUGUCUACAAUUCAUAUUUCAAAACAGUGGAGAGACAGAUACUAACAACCAAAAUGAAGUGGGAGGAAGACAACAUGACACUGCCUACUAUCUUGAUUUUUUAAACAAAGAACUAUCACCCGAAAAUCAUGUACAAAAUUCCGCACCCCCUGAUACAUCGACAACGGAAGACUACAAUAGGUCAGGAUAUAGUUUGGCUAAUAGUAUAUACAACAAAGGCAUUCCAGAGCCCAUUGCAUACAAGGAAGGUGUUGUUCCUGAACCGAUACAAGGGAGUUUGGAAUGCCGUGAUAGUGCUCCCAUACAGCCAGGAAUUCCUGUGACAAAUCAAGAAUCGGCGGUAAGGAAUUUUCAAUUCAGUGGCAGUUCUUUUAUAUGGCCAGUUAAUUCAAUUCCCAGUGCACAUAAUCUUCAAUCUGGAUACAAUGAAAGCUUUCUUAUACAGCCAGAAAUAUCAGCGCCCAGUAAAUCUACUCCACCGAGUUGUGGAAAGACAGAGAAUAAUCUUUCAGGUGAUGAUCAGCAUGAAAUGGCAGAUGGAUUGAGCAGAUACGAUGGAGAUCUAAGUGAAGAGAGCGAAGUUGGCACAAAAAGAAAGAAUCGCAAAAGGAUGAAAAGUAUGCAAAGUGAGGCAGAGAAAAAGAAAAAAAUAGCCGAAAAAUCAAAACAAAACCACAUAAGAAAGAAUGAAGCAUUUGUCAAUCUAAGACAAAACGUUAAGACUUUAAAAAACCAAAUUCAGACUUUACAAAACCAAUAUCAGACUUUACAAAACCAAAAUCAGACUUUACAAAACCAAAAUCAUAAAAAGGAUCGCAUCAUAGCUAAUCUAACUUCAAACCAAGCAGUGUUUGAAAAUUUUCCAAACAAUCCACAAUCGGCAUCAGCUGAAAAUAAACUUCACGAGGAAGAAUUCACCGAUAUGAUGCAUCAAGCUAAUGUGGAAGCAUUUGAUCAAGAAAAAUUCUUAAAACUCAUGAAUAACUGGUUCAGAAGCAAAGACAGGUCAGAAAUACGAGUGAAUGAUAGAGAGCCAAAAGCUGGAGUUGUCCGAGUUGAAAGAGGCGAACAAAAGAUGAAAAUUCGUGUUUUAACAUAUUACAGGAAAAUGGAAAGUGAAAAAGAACGCUACAAGAAAUGUAAAGAGGACCAUGAACGCAAUGGCUUAGCAUAAAGCAUCUUAAUUAUCUCGUUCAUGAUAGUAACCUUAUGAUAAUCAUAACAUGAAAACCCGCUAUCUGCUUCUUAAAAUCAACCCAUCGCCACAAGAAAUAUCCAAACACUCUAAGCGUCUUUCCUGCCUCCUUCGAGGAGCCAUUUUUAAUCAUUGUAGAGAAAACCACAACGGAAGACCAGAAAGAGCUGAGCUCAUAAAGAACAGAACAUGGAAGUUAUUAACCAAGCACCUAUGCUAUGUAGACACGUUAGAGGAAAUAAACUUAAGACAACUGAAAUCUUUAUAAGCCCUUAGAAAACUUGGUACACCAGCUACAUGCUGAUGAAAAAAAAGAUAGUAAUAGAGAAGACUGUAUAAAUUAAAUGCUGUUGAAACAGCUAAAAUAUUCAAUGAAAAAGGCAUUGCACCAGCUAAUACAUCUAAUAUAAAUUGUACCUUGAGAAAUGAAGAUGUCAUUGUUACAUAACCUUGGCAGAAAGACCUCCACAAAAAACAUUCUUCAUAUGUCAAAGUGUAAUUAUGGAAAUCCCUCUUUAUAUACACUUUCAAUUCUUUAAAGUAUAUAUUAAAGUAUAUAUUUCCAUACAAAAUGUAUGGAAAUUACUCGUCAUAAUUAUAAUAUUUUUCCUUUUCAUUUACAUACAAGAUGCACAUUUCACUUCAGUAAGGGAUAUUUAUCUCAAAAUUUGUAAAUUCAUUCCUUUUUUCUGUCCACAGAUACCUCUAGUCUCCCUUAAUCUUCUGUAUUCACCUUGUUAUCUUACAGGGUUCUAUAUUUCUGUGACACCUCUCACACUGUCAGCUCCUGAACAUCCAAGGAAAUCAAUCACUUCCAACUUUCAACCACCAACAUUAACUUUAUUUGCUCCCUCAUCCUGGUUUUCAUUCUCUCUCUCUCUCUCUCAUGACUACUCUUCAUAUCAAAUUGACAUUUUAUUCUCUAAAAAAAUCCCAGGUGUCCUUUCCCUUUCCCGACCCAUUUUCUUAUCCUGUAACCUUGCAUCAAUGUUUGACCUCCAUUCCCAGCUUCAGUAGAAGUUGGCCAUUCAUAUAUUUCUCCAAAAAAGAUGAAAUUUUCAAUCUCUUUUGACAAUUAUUUUUAACCUAAAUUAAACGUUGAGUAAUGAGUUGAAGCAGAAAAGUUGUAUACAACAUACAGAAUAUACUUAGCAGUGUUUGUGUCAAAUAUCACGAUGUAAUGAGGGCAAUUUUUUUUUCAUUUCAUAAAAUUCUCUAUAUAUGUUAAAUACGUGAUAUAUGCAGUCAUAGAGUAUAUAGUAAGUAAAUCACUGAAAGAAAGUCAUUCAUUUUUACUACUGGAUCAAUAUACUAUACACUGAAGGCAUUGCUGAAGGUUUCUGUUGCGGAAAGGGACGGAUACCCCUUUUAGCGACAAACCUGACGUUGUUUAGCAAGAAGAAUCCAAGACGAGUGCAGAUAGUUAAGUAAUAACGUAAAUCCUUUUAUAUAAAUGCCCGUACGAAUCCGGACAAAACUGUUUAGAGGAGAAGAAUAUUAAUUUCUUAUUAGAAAGUUUAGCUUUUCAUAAUCUUUUAUUAUAAAAUUGCCCAAUGUAUUUAUGAAAACAGGGGAUCGCGCUAGGCGAAAUAACCGCCUUACAGAUGAACCGCUGUGGGUAGCCAAAUUUAAGUAAUGUAAAGUAAAACUUUGAAUUUAUUUCAACCCUCAUGCCGAGUAUUAAAGAUAAAAUUUCCCCCGACUGAAAGUACGACGCAAAAAACAUUGUCUAGUUUACGCUCGUUUGGCGUCACCAAAUUGUAACUAGGCUACCCCAAGCGGACGCCGGCAUUCUUCCCAAGGUGCCAUUCGAACUCAAGUAGGUUGCAAACUCUCCUCUGCAAUCAGACAGUGUCGUUUGCCAUUAUGAGUGUGUUAUAAGUUCAUCGUAGGCCAUCCACAAGAUAGCGUGUCAAUUUGCUAGAUUUUGGGAUUAUCGUGUUUAGCAAUCCUUGAAUAAGUAAAUAAUGUGGGUCUGUAAUCUGUAAGUUCAUAAUAAGCAUAUACGUCUUGUAAUUCAGAAACCAACGGCGGCCACGUGAUGUGUAAGAUUGAGUUUUAUUUCAUGUAAUAUCAUUCCUCUUUGGCCUUUAAAUGCCGUUUAUGAUGAGAGUAUGCGGGGAUUGUUAUUGUGUUUGAAAAAUAAUUUAUUUUUUGUAAUAAAACUUUAAAAUUCA